AGAUAGAAUAACAUUACUUUGUCCUCCACCUGUUACUUUGGUAAAUGAAUAUGAACAUUCUAAAUUAUUUAUGGCAAGUAUCCAGAGAUUCAUAUGAACGUUGUUUUCUCAGUGGAGGUGAACGCCAAUUAGGUGUUUGUUCAAGUCCAGAUCGCCAAUCCUCCAUUACACUUGUCUUUCGAGAAUUUUCUCCUUUGCCCUCUGCCUUUACUUUUAAACCUGGGCAUUCUUAUUUUGUGAUAACAACGUCAAAUGGUACUUUAAAUGGCUUAAAUAAUACACAAGGAGGUUUGUGUUCAACAAGAAAUAUGAGAUUAAAAUUUGAUGUUUUACCUUCAAUUUCUUCAAACGAGAAUGAUUUAAUAGACAAUCACCAACAACAACAAUUAAUAAUUUCAUCAUCAGAACAACAAAAACAACAAAAUUCUUCAAAUAACCAAACAAUUCACCACAGACAUACAAAACAACAUCCCCACCCCCAUCCCCACCAUCCCCACCAUCACCACCACAAAUCCAAAGAAGAAAAACCAAACCCUCAACAAAAUUCAAAAGAAUUACUGCCAACAUCUUCAGAACAUCCCCCUUUUCUUUAUGUAAUACAUACAGAUAAUGAUGAUAAACAAUCAAAAAUAAUUUUUGGGGCAGAAGAAGAAGGAGGAAUUUCUUCUAAUGUUUUGGAACAAGAAAAUUAUGAAAAUGGAAAUUUGGAAAGUUUGGAUUUGACAACAAUUUUUAAUGAAUAUUUGGAAUCAUCAUCAAAUAAACUUCAGAUAUCGUGGAAUUUGUUAAUGAUAAUAUUUAUUUUAUGGAUAUUAUAA